AUGACCACAUCGCAAACCCCGCCCUGGGUCUUGAAAAAGGCAGUUCUUGUUCACUCACCUGAUACCGAUGUUUCCUGUUUUGCUCGUCUUCGUGUUGCCCAUGAUAUAACUGCCAACCAAGGAUCCAUCUCUCUCAUCAUUACGGCAGCUCUCGCUAACCUGAGCAGCAGAUCACAGGUGUUGACGUUGAAUCUCCCUCCAGCAAGAGUCGAAACAUGUGCACUCGCCCGGAUAAGCAAUGACAGCCUCUGUUCGUCUAGUUUAGUCUCUAUGCUCCAAGCGCCUGUCACCAAUGUUUCGGCCGUCUCAACAUUGAGUCUGAGACUCAAUACGACCGGCAUUGUUCUUUGUCCAUCUGACGUGAAGACUCUGUCCCCAGCUAAUCAUGGCGACUCGAACUUUCACGCAUUCGCAAAAAUUUGUCAAUCCAAAUUUCUACGUCUACACUUUUCCAGACGACAAUUUGUAAAUAAAGAACUUGAUCGGCUGGAAAGCUUCUCCUGUGCUCUGCGAGAAAGAUAUCUUCAGAUAGAGUCUUUUGACCACGCUCGCCAGGGCGUGGUCCAGAGAGAUUGGCGUGCCUUUAAUCUGUCGCUCGAUCCACCCCCAUAUUGUGAGGAGCCCGUGUCCGAGCAGGUGAAGCAGGUGGAUCCACCCUUAUAUUGUGAGGAGUCCGGGUCCGAGCAGGUGGUUGGAAAACGGCACAGAGGUAUCUUAUCUUCCUGUCGUCUUAUGUACUUUGUCAUUCAAUAUCUCAUCAAUACUAUCUAUCUAGACCCAUGGUCAAUACCACCUGACGAUGAAAAACGAAAAAGACUACUCCUUUCAUCCCCUCAACCGAUAGAUUCUCCCACCGAAGUAAAUACGCCGAGUACUCUUUCCCCGUCACCGGCCUCAAUUCGCCCAACUCACUUUACGCGUGCUUCCUCCCCUGGCUGCAGAGAGCGCACUAGGCUUAUACGUCUUGAAUAUGAGCUCCGUGAUAUUUCCGAUGACCUGCUUCGCGAACUGUUAAUUCGAUCAGGACGCCAACAUCUGCUGGCUAUACCAAAAAAAGUGGACAGUGACUUGCCAUCUGAGGUUGAAAUGAUUGAGCGCCGCCUCAAACGAUAUGUUGAUGAGACGAUUGAGCGCCGCCUGAAAUCACAUGUUGUCGACGAGAUUGUCGGUAGUGCCGUGAGCGAGUGUCGUGAUCAGGUCUUCGAUGAUUGCAAAAUGCACGAAGCCGAAUUUCGUGAACAGGUUGACGAUGCUAACUGCGAGGUACGCAUCACGGCCAAUGAAUGUAUGAAUGACAUGGAAGAACAGGCGCAAAAGUACAUGGGUGAAAUAGACGAACAAGCACAACAGUACAUGAAUGAUAUCAAGGAUCAGGGAAUCGAGGUCAAAAGAUCUGCGAAAGAAAGAGUCGCAACGCUCAAGCGCUGGUUCGAUGCUUCUGCCCAGUCCUUAUUAAGCCCUAGCCCUGUGCUGGGUACUAAUGCCAGACGCAGUUCCGUUUGA